AUGUCCUCAUCACCAAACGAGUCAAAGUCUAUGUGUGACUACCUCGGAAUAGAGGAAGAGGUGGACUAUGGUAGCGAUACCAGUGUCCGCGGUGACACAGGGACAACGUCCGACUCACUGAUGCCUGAGGCACAACUUUCGAACACUUCAAAUCCGUUCGCUGAACGUGGAGGUGCGAGCGCGCCGCCAGCGCAGCAUGCAGCAUCUGGUUCUGAUGAGACUAUCAUCGCGAACCCGCUCGAUGAGCAACAACAAUUGCUUGUUCAAAGAGAAGAAAACGCUCAGCGUUAUGCACAGAUGACUGCAACCCUUGAACGCCAGCGUGAUUAUGUGUUCACCCCACCCAGUGUGGAGGAACGUCUGCGUCAAGCGGCCGGCCAAACUUUGGCAACGUGGGUCAUUGGCCAUGGGCCUAAGACUCCUGAGGAGGUGGUGAGCUGCCAGGCACUUCGUGAGAGGUACCUGGAGCCGCACCUAACGACUCAAAGUCAAUACAAGGCACGCCUUGACAUGCAAGCACGUGGUGCACCAGUUCCACCGAUGAAGGGUAUACCCAUUCUCCUGCUCGCAGGCGAAACAGCGAGUGAAGAAGACGAUGCCUUUGUUCACUGGGUGCACUAUCUUCGGUAUGAUUAUGCCAAGCUUAAGGCCAGAGGCAAAUUGCGCAAGCGCACGCGCACGCGCUAUGCUUCGGCUACUAAGGUAGCCGCGAGUGCUGGUCAGUCUGUGACCAACAACCCGCCAACCCGCACCACUAGUGGUGGUGAACGGCCUCGGCCUCGAGAUGACCAUGGCCACGAUUCUCAAAAGCCUCCAAAGCAUAUGGGCAGUCUUGCCGAAGGGGUACCUCAAAUUCCCAUGAGUUUUCAGACUCAGGGUACCCACGCCACUUUACCAGAUACUGGUAUUGGCCCUGACGACGACGUCGUUUCAGUAGUCUCUCGACAUGGAAUUGACGACACCCAUGCUCAUCGAGCAAAGUCGGUGGCGGCCGGUGUACCGGUGGAGGCCCACGAGAAAUUGGUUCUCGAAGUGAAGGGUCUUCAAGAGGCCUUGGGUAAGUCCCAGUGCAUGCUGGAUGCGAUGCAAAGCCGCCUUCAGGCGAUGGAGCAAGCUCAAACUCGGAGCGAGGCUCAGUUGGACUUGCUGAUUCGUCUACAGCAAUCCGGGGCAGUGCCCUUGUCGUCGGCGCAAGCGCCUCCAAGUUCACAUGGGAAGGAUCCCGGUACGGCUUAA